AUGAUGGGCUCAAAACCGAUACCCAAGUCCGAUAAGGAGCUUCAGCCCUACAACAUGGCGGUCGCCGGCCAUGACGGUACUAUGGUCGACUCUCAAGGCGAACUCUUCAUCAAGCCCUGCACUGAUCAGGAACUCCAGUUUUACAAGACGGCCAAUGAGAGCCACCAGGCUUUCGCCGAUUUGAUGCCCGUUUUCAUGGGUGAACUAGCGCUCAACGGUUCGACAGACGUCGAGGACAUCAACGAGCAGCUCCCCGCUGUGUCCAGCCUAAUUCCCACAGAAACAAAAGCCAAGGUUAUCAAGCACGCGAAGGAACAAGCUGCUGAGGCCGCCGCCCACCAUCCCGCGUCGAGCCGUAAACCAGGGUGGGAGGAAAAGGCCCAGUCCAACAAGAUCGAUACUAAGCUGUCGGUGGUACUGGAAAAUUCGGCGUACGGCUAUACGCGUCCUAACAUUAUGGAUGCUAAACUCGGCAAGCGGCUGUGGGCGGAUGAUGCGCACCCAGAUAAGAAGGCCAGGUUUGAUCAAGUCAGCGCCGAAACGACAAGUGGCUCCCACGGUUUUCGCAUCGCCGGCAUGCGUGUGUACAAGGGAGACACCGACCCUAAAAAAUUGGACCCGAUGGGCUACAAGGUCUACGACAAAAACUAUGGCCGGAAUACGGUCAAGGGACAUAAUCUCGUGGAGGAGAUGCGGAAGUUUAUCUUCAAUUCCCAGGCCGGUAUAGAUGAGGAACUCGGCAAGAUAAUUGCGGGCCUUUUCCUCAAUGACCUUAGGCGCAUCGAGGAGGUGUUGGCCUCGGAGGAGAGCAGAAUGUACUCUGCAAGCUUGCUGUUCACAUUCGAAGGAGAUGGCAAUGCACUGAGAGCUGCGCUUGACCGUACGAGAGCCGACAUGUCGGCUGAGCAAUACAAGAAGGAAGAUGGACCGUACACGCCGGGUCUAUCUGCAUCUCGCGUUGAUAGUGGCAUCGAGAUGGAUGACGAGGGGCAGAUGGUGUUCCCAAUCAACGCAGCCAUGAACCAAAACAUGCUAAUGGCGAACCUGGCUCAGACACCUGGUUCCCAGCACAUGCAGUUCUCUGCGGAUUCCGACGGAGAGAGCUCGAACGGCGAAAUAUCUCGCAUUUACUCCCUCAAACUCAUUGACUUUGCCCAUGCCGAGUGGACACCCGGGCAAGGACCAGACGAGAACUCUCUGUUUGGCGUUCGAAGUCUGAUCAAGAUCUUUGAACAGCUGGCAGAUGACUGA